AUGGACAUCAAACCAACCAAGGAGCUUAUAUAUGCAAUGGCUGUUAUCGUCGUCGCCAUGAUUUAUUUCGCAUUCACAAAGACCCCAAAUGCGAAAAUUACAAAAAUAAACCCAUCACCAGAAAAGCCCAGAUGUCUUCGUAUACUGGAAAUACCACUCGGUGUCACACGAAGCGAUUUAGAAGCAGACCUCAAAAGGUACCUGUCAAUGUAUGGGCCUGGUUGCUAUCUUACCCUCGCACAUUCCUCCUCUACACUCACUGCAACAAUCAAUACACUUAAAUUUCCACAAGAAUUUCCUUAUCUUAUUGAUGAAAAGUUCACUGGCGUCACUCCUAUCUCUGAUGGCAACAAUACAUCUGUAGACAUCAUUUUCAUCCCAGGCCUGGGUAGUCAUCCAAUCGGUUCGUUCAAAGCAAAACACAAAGACUAUGUUUGGAUCCGAGAUUCUCUUCCUAAAGAUAUACCAUCCGCACGAGUUCUAGUUUAUGGAUACGACACAUCAAUUUUGGAUGGAAAUGCUAAGCAUUCUAUUCCUGAUUUGGCAAAAGAAUUCCUCAGCUCUAUCAAUGCAUUUCGUACAGCUACAAAGACCAGUCAAAGACGAAUUAUUUUCGUAGCCCAUAGCCUUGGGGGCUUGCUAGUGAAGGAGGCACUAUCUAUAGCUCGGAGGGGUAAGAGAGAGCCUAAGAACAAUGAUUUUUUUAGGUCCUCUUAUGCUCUAAUGUUCUUUGGUGUCCCCAACUUAGGACUUAAGAAUACAUCUCUGAGAGAGAUUGUGAUUGGGCAACUCAACGAACAACUGAUCAAUGAUCUCCAUAUGGAUAAUGAAUCUGAACCAACACCAUUUUUAAGAACGUUAGGGCAGAAUUUUAUUCAAUGCUGUGAAGAACAAGUAUUUCAGAUCAGAUCUUAUUAUGAGAAGAAGAUGACGAAAAUGGUUCGGAUAGAUAAUGGACAAAUAUCGAAAGAUGGGCAACUUUGUUAUAUGGUUACACAAGAAUCGGCCUGUCGAAUCGGCCUUACAGAUAACUCUCAUCGAGAAGAGCCACUCCUGAGGGAUCAUUCAGAUCUGGUCAAAUUCUCUAGCCAGUCUGAUAACGAUUAUGGAAGAAUACUUGAUGGAUUGCAAGAUUUUGUUGUUACAGCACCUGAUUUUGUUGGAAACAGGUUUGCCUCAGUUAUGAAACUCUCCUCGGCUGAAAAGCGCCAUUGGGAUGACCUAAAUGUUCCCCCUUAUGGAAAUUUCAAAGAAACCAAGAAAGUGCGAACGGCGGUCGAGGGAACUCUGCAAUGGUUGGUUACUGAUCAGCCCUUAGAGUUCCAGGACCGUCCCGAAAGACUUCAAAAAAACGACUUCAUCGAAUGGCGAGACUCUAAUCAAUCAUGUGUCUUGCUGAUCACUGGAACUCCUGGGCAGGGAAAGUCUGUUUUAUCCAACUUCGUGAUAGAUCAUUUGCAAGAACAACAAAAACCUCAAAAUAAGAUUAUCUAUUACUUUUGUAAUAUCAAGAAUGAGGAAAGUUCACGAACGGCAUCAUCCAUUCUCCGAUCUUUUAUUGUUCAACUUUGUGAGGACCGGCGAUUAUAUCAGAAGCUUCCAAAUCGCUUUCAAAACAAGAACGAAAAGAGAGAAUUCUUUAUCGAAUCCCUUGAUAAUCUGUGGAACGUCUUUCUUGAUUUGAUAAAAACAGAUAUAUAUAUUUGUAUAUAUUUUAUCAUUGAUGGACUCGAUGUUUAUGAUCAAGAAGUGGGAAGCCUUCUUCUAUAUCUAAAACAACAUUUUGAUAUCUCUCAUAUCGGACAGCCUCUUCUGAAACUAUUUUGUACAAGUAGGCCAGAAGAAUUUGUAAUGAAUAUUGGAUUUUCUCCUUCGAAAACUCUUUAUGCUUCGGAGAAGGACUUGACAACAUUUAUCAAAUCGGAGCUACAUUCAUUUAGAACACAAUUUACCGAUGAUAUGAAAGAGUUCAUUGUGGAAGCUGCCAAAGAAAAAGUCGGUACGACAUUUCUCUGGAUAAGUAUACUCCUUCGCGAAGUCCGAGGUUUGAGGCUACCGUCUCUCAAAGAUAUUAAGAAGAAAAUGGAACAAUUUCCUAUAGAGAUUAACGAUUUGUACAUGAGCCUUGUUCGGAAGGUGUUAGAAAGUCCAAAGGAUAUAGCAAUAUUAAUCUGGAUAACAUAUGCAGUACGUCCACUUAGCUUUAAGGAAUUAGAGGUUGCCCUCGCCAUUGUCAUGACUAAAAACGCGACAAGCUGGAAAGACUGCGAAGAGGAAAAAAUUGCAUUAAAUGCUGAGGUUAUCCAAAUGAGUCUAGGCAGCAUGGUAGACAUUGUCGAUCAGAAUCCUUUCCUAAUUCAUCAAUCACUGCGCGACUUCUUGAAGACUUCCGGUAUUCUGGAAAAAACAGGAAUAUUGAGGAAAACGAAACGACCAGAAAUGCUCCUGGCAAAUACCUGUGUAUCUUAUUUGAAUUUCAACGAUCAUAUAAAAGAGAAUCCAUCGACAAUAGGGGAUACGGAAUCAGCGGGAGAUCAUGACGGCUUUCUUUCUUACGCCGCAAACUUCUGGUAUGAGCAUAUUAAUACGUUAGAAGAAGCGCUGCCUAAUAUAGAACAAUUACGGUCUAUUUUAGAUCCAAAAGGCCAGGCGAUCUGGAUACACAAAAACAAGAGUUAUGAAUUGCAACGUAGCUCGAUACCGAUAUCGAUUUGGAUUAUUGCAAUUAUUAUUGACAGGGAAUGGCUAGCAAGGAUCCUUAUAAAUGUGAUCCCGAAUAGUUUGACGAAAGAGCUACGGGAUAAUUAUAUUAUUCCUGCAGCGGGGUCAAAUUUGAACGUAUUUCGAGAAUUGCUAAAUUGUUUGUAUUCAGAAAGAAUAUUGGUAACAAAUGGUAUAGUGAAGGCAGCAGCAGGGAAUUGGACGAGUGGAAAGGAGGUGAUGGAGCUUUUGCUUGAGAAACGAGGGGCAGAGGUGGUGAUUACGGAAGAGGUGGUAAAGGCAGCAGUGGCGAAUCGGAGGAGUGGAAAGGAGGUGAUGGAGCUUUUGCUUGAGAAACGAGGGGCAGAGGUGGUGAUUACGGAAGAGGUGGUGGAGACAGCAGCGGCGAAUUGGACGAGUGGAAAGGAGGUGAUGGAGCUUUUGCUUGAGAAACGAGGGGCAGAGGUGGUGAUUACGGAAAAGGUGGUGGAGACAGUAGUGGCGAAUUGGAUGAGUGGAAAGGAGGUAAUUGAGCUUUUGCUUGAGAAACGAGGGGCAGAGGUGGUGAUUACGGAAGAGGUGGUGGAAGCAACAUUUGGGAAUUUGGGUAGUGGAGAAGAGAUAAUGAUGCUUUUGCUUGAGAAACGAGGGGCAAAAGUGAUAAUUAUGGAAGAUAUAGUGAAGCUAAUAGCAAAUCGGUUUGGAAAAAAGGUGAUGAAGCUCUUGCUUGAGGAACGAGGGGCAGAGGUGGUGAUUACGGAAGAGGUGGUGGAGACAGCAGCGGCGAAUUGGACGAGUGGAAAGGAGGUGAUGGAGCUUUUGCUUGAGAAACGAGGGGCAGAGGUGGUGAUUACGGAAAAGGUGGUGGAGACAGCAAUGGCGAAUGAGAGGAGUGGUGAAGAGGUAAUGAAGCUUUUGCUUGAGAAACGAGGGGUAGAAGUAGUGAUUACAAAAGAGAUAGUGGAAGCAGCAGCAAGGAAUAGAAGGAGUGGAAAAGAGAUAAUGAUGCUCUUGCUUGAGGAACGAGGGGCAGAAAUAGUAAUUACAGAAGGGGUAAUAGAAGCAGCAGCAGGGAAUUGGUAUGGAAAAGAGAUAAUGAUGCUCUUGCUUGAGGAACGAGGGGCAGAAGUGGUAAUUACGGAAGAGGUGGUGAAAGUAGCAGUAGAGAAUGAGAGGAGUGGAGAAGAGAUAAUGAUGCUCUUGCUUGAGGAACGAGGGGCAAAAGUAGUAAUUACAGAAGAGGUGAUGAAAGCAGCAGCAAGGAAUAGAUAUAGUGGAAAAGAGGUGAUGAAGCUUUUGCUUGAGAAACGAGGGGCAGAAAUAGUAAUUACAGAAGGGGUAGUGGAAGCAGCAGCAGGGAAUUGA